AUGUGUUGCCAGGGUAAUUCUCAGAAAAGUGCAGCAGCAGGCAUAAGUAGUUCAGUAGUAGGUGCAGCAAGCAGCAGUAGAUGCAACAGCAAGCAGCAGUAUGUGCAGCAGCAGUUGGCAGCAGUGACGGCAGUAAACAAAGCAGCAGGCAGCAGUAGCAGCAGCAGCAGGCAGCACAGAAGCAUGCAGCCAGGGGUGCAGAAGCAGGCAGCAGUGGAGGCAGCAGCAGGCAGCGGUGGGUGUAGCAAGGAAGCAGUGGGUUCAGCAGCAGGCAGAGUGGGUGCAGCAGCAGGCAGCGGUGGUCCAGCAGCAGGCAGUAGUGGCACAGCAGGCAGUAGUGGAGCAGCAGCAGGCAGAAGAGUGAGUCAGCAGCAGGCAGCAGUGGAGCUAACAGCAGUGCAGCAAAGGGCAGCAGUGAGCAGCAGGCAGCAGUGGGUGCAGCAGCAGCGGGGUUCAGAACAGGGCAUGGGUUCAGAAGCAGGCAGCAGUGGCAGCAGACAGCAGCAGUGCAGCAGCAGGCAGCAGUGUUCAGAAGCAGGCAGCAGUGGGUCAGAAGCCAGCAGUGGGUCCAGGCAGCAGUGUUGCAGGCGCAGUGGGCAGCAGCAGCAGUGGGUCCAGCAAGGCAGCAGUGAAGGUUGUGGUGAUAUUUACACAGUGACGCAGCAGGUUAGGUGA